CUCAGCUCGCUGUGACUUUAUGACAACAGAUCACUUGUAUCUUCCUCAUGAUAAAUCCAUCCUGCCCUCAUUUAAAGUUCCCUUUUGAGAGCAAACUCCUCUCGUGAAGGAUACUCAAACGAGAAACCACAUUCAGCAAAAAAUCAGCGACAAAAUGCCAAAAGAAUUUACGGAUGAAUUUCAACCUCUGCUUAUUAAAGAUUUCAGUGAAAAAAAGCGACCAAAGCUCCCAAACAGAUCGCUUGUGUUGGCUGCCUGUGCUGCGUGUAUAGGGGGAACCUUUCAGUAUGGAUAUAAUAUCUCUGUCAUCAAUGCACCCACUACGCAUGUGCUGAAUUUCAUCAACCAAACCUGGAUUACUCGUUUCCAGACUGACAUAUCAACAAAUGUUCUCACCUUGCUUUGGUCCUCUAUCGUGUCUAUAUUCACCAUAGGGGGGUUGGUGGGAGUGACAGUCGGUGGGACACUGUCUAUGAAGCUGGGGAGGAAAGGGACACUGUUAGCAAAUAAUGCAUUUGCAAUAACCGCUGCUUUGCUGAUGGGUCUGAGUUACCCCACAGGAUAUUUUGAAUUACUCAUCAUUGGACGUUUUUUCAUUGGAUUAAAUGCAGGCAUUGGUCUUUGUGUUCAACCUCUGUACCUGGGGGAAAUAGCUCCAACUGCAUUUCGUGGUGCCAUGGGAAUGGGAACCUCUAUUUCCAUCACUUUAGGGAUCUUGGCUGGACAAGUGGUUGGUCUCAAAGAGCUCCUGGGUAGAGAGGAGAGCUGGCCCAUCCUGCUCGCCACCACAUGUGUCCCAGCAUUCCUGCAGCUAAUGAUCCUGCCCUGGUUCCCUGAGAGCCCGCGCUACCUGCUCAUUGACAAAGGAGAUAGUGAGGGAUGCAAGAAAGCCCUGAAGCAACUGCACAGUGUAUCUCGCUGUGAAGGCGAACGUGAGGAGAUCGAGAAGGAGAAGAGAGGUUUGGCAGACUUCCGGGCCAAGACACCCUGGGAGCUUCUAAGUGAUCGUAGCGUCCGCGUGCAGCUUCUCACUGUGGUGCUGCUCAACAUGGCACAACAGCUGAACGGAAUCAAUGCUAUUUACUUCUAUGCAAAUUACUUGUUCACACAAUCUGGUAUCCCUGCUGAAAGAAUACCAUAUGUGACCCUUGGCUGUGGUGCCUGUGAACUUCUCACGGCUUUAACAUGUGGUAUUCUCAUUGAUCGACUGGGAAGGAAAGUGCUCAUCAUGGGGGGAUACGCGCUGAUGAGCAUCUGCUGCAUAUUAUUCACGCUGACGCUCUCUUAUCAGAGUGCCAGCCCCAUAGUUCCAUACUUGAGCAUGGCCUGUGUGUUUGCUUUUAUCCUCAGUUUUGGCUUAGGACCAGGUGGCGUGACUAACAUCUUGACCACUGAACUCUUCACUCAAACAACACGCCCUGCAGCUUACAUGAUCGCAGGAUCCUUGAACUGGUUGAGCUUCUUCUUUAUCAGCAUGGUCUUCCCUUUUGUUGUGGUGGGGCUGGAGCAGUUUUGUUUCAUCGUGUUCUUGGCCAUCUGCGCCUGCAUGACCUUAUACAUUUACUUUGUCGUUCCUGAAACCAAGAACAAAACCUUUGUUGAAAUCCAGAAUGAGUUCAAGUCCUCCAAAAAGGCCCACAUUGUAGAUGAAACAACGAUGAAGGAGUUAUUAUCUCAUAUGUAAAAUAUUACCCAUGAAUAGAGCAAUUAAAGCAUUUUUGUCUUCCACUAUCUUUUUUCACAAACAUGAGUAUCUUCCAUAAGGGUUUAUAUUCCACACUCACAACACAUUAAAUCAGAAAAUGUAACAUCAUAUUAAUUAUAAACAUAUAGCAUACACAAAUCAUGGUGCUUUGAGUGAACUUAAGACGUAUGCUUGGAAGUCCUAAAAGCAUCCCUUUAGUUCACUCGUGAAUUUAAUUCGUCUCAAUAUGUCAUAUUUUGGUCUGAUAAAUGAUUCAUUUGUGUAUGACCUUUAAUAAAGAGCAUUCCAUUGA